AGCAGCAGCAGCAGCAGCAGUGGAGCCUCACUGCCUCUCCUCGCCUCACAGUGCGGGAAUAUAGCAGCGGAGAGCAGAGAAUGGAUACGGAAGGGAGCCAGAGCAGCCUGUCCUCCGGCACGGACAACUCCCCCCACGACCCCUGCAAAAUGUUCAUCGGGGGUCUGAGUUGGCAGACAACACAAGAGGGCUUAAAGGAGUACUUCUGUAAAUUCGGCGAGGUGAAGGAGUGCAUGGUGAUGCGGGAUCCCGUUACCAAGCGGUCGAGGGGGUUUGGGUUUGUAACAUACGCAGAGCAAGCCGGUGUUGAAAAGGUUUUGGCGCAAAACAGACACGAAUUGGAUUCCAAAACGAUCGACCCAAAGGUGGCGUUUCCCCGUCGAGCUCAGCCUAAGCUGGUGACAAGAACAAAGAAGAUCUUUGUCGGAGGACUGUCAGUCAAUACCACCAUCGAAGAUGUGAAGCAUUACUUCGACCAGUUUGGAAAGGUCGAUGAUGCCAUGCUCAUGUUUGACAAAACAACCAACAGACACAGAGGGUUUGGAUUUGUUACCUUUGAGAAUGAAGAUGUGGUGGAGAAAGUGUGCGAGAUCCACUUCCAUGAGAUCAACAACAAAAUGGUGGAGUGUAAGAAAGCUCAGCCCAAGGAGGUGAUGACGCCGACAGGCUCAGCCAGAGGUCGCUCCAGAGUGAUGCCUUACGGGAUGGACGCCUUCAUGCUGGGCAUCGGCAUGCUGGGCUACCCAGGCUUCCAGACAGCGACCUACACAAGCCGCAGUUACUCCGGCAUCGCUCCUGGUUACACGUAUCAAUUCCAGGUGAAAUUCCAUUUAGAGAGGACCCCCCUCCUGACAUCAUCCCACCCCCCUGAGCUGGCAGCAAUUCCCCUGACUGCGUAUGGACCAAUGGCAGCAGCUGCAGCAGCAGCAGUAGUUCGAGGCUCCACCCCUUCACGCACAGCUGGUUUCCUGGGAACCAGCAGCCCUGGACCAAUGGCUGACUUGUAUGCUGCAGCCAAUCAGGACUCAGGAGUCAGCAGCUACAUCAGCGCAGCUAGCCCCGCCCCCAGCACAGGGUUUGGCCACGGACUAGGGGGUCCUCUGAUUGCUACUGCGUUCACUAACGGCUACCACUGAGAAGACUCAGGUCACUGAAGACAGGAGGGCGUCUCCUCUGCUGACGAGCCAAUCAGAACGCUGGCUGCCCACUGAUGGCAAAACCUGAUUGGCCGGUCACAGGCUCUUCCGGGAUCUCCUGGCUCCCUGUGGCUUCACCCACCGACUGAAUAUCUUUUUAAAUCCUGAACUCUGUUUUUGCUGUACUAAUCUCACUUCAACAUAACGUCCCUGUCUCUCCUCGUUUGUCCUCAUGUAGUCUAAUGACUAGACCCCGACUCUAUCCAUUAUUUUUCUUCUUUUUGAAGCUGAGAGAAAAGAACUGCAAAAAAAAAAAAAAUCUCUGAGGAAACAUUCGUCAUCUUUGACAAAGACACAGAGGACUAUUUUUGAGUUUUUUAUUAUUAUUAUUAUUAUUAUUAUUAUUAUUAUUAUUAUUAUUAUUAUUAUUUUAUUUCAAUGUGAUAUGUCGCUUCAUGAUGAAAUCCCUCACAGCUGUUACCGAUGUGAACAGAGAGAGAUGAUGCGAGAUGGUCUUUGACAGAAAGCAGUUUUUAACAAAGGAAGAACAAAUCCAACAAAGUCCUUUUUUAACUUGAGCAUCACGGAAACAUGAAAAAAAAAAAACAAGUAAAAUGUAUAUUUUGGUAGUCUUUAAAAACAAAA